AUGGCGCAUUUUCACGAGGACGCCUGUCGAGUAAAGCGGAGGAAGCUUGAUGUUGAUUCCUCAGCUAUUGCAGCACCAGCCGUGACGAUCUUGUCUCACCCACAGCUGCGCACGCUUCUCGCAUUCCAGCAGAGUGCUUCACCGGAAGUAAAGCAGGGUGUUCGAUAUUUUAAGGAUUUCCUUACUUCCAUCAACGAAGUCGAGAAGGAGAACGAAAAGGCGAAGAAGCUCCGCAUUCUCAAAGCCUAUUGCGAUUCUCAACUUGUAAAUGCAGACGAUGCGGCGAAUGCGAGCUGUUUCUAUGAUCUCAUUCAAACAUGGAACUUUGCAGAGAACGGUAACCAUGAGUCUCUACUCUCUUUAAUCCCCUCUGUACUGGCGCUUUUCCUGAAGACCAUCUCGAGCCAGUUAGAGUUCAGGGACUUCGGACUAGUACUCUGCAAAUUUUUGUUGCAAAAGGAGCAGCUCAAGCUAUUUAAUCGAGCAUUCACGGCAAGCAAAGCUAAGGAACAUCUGAUUUCUCCUUGCCUACGACUUCUCACGGAGAUCGUGAGCUUUGAUGGAGGUGCUGUUGCACGCCAUGUCUAUGGACGACGAGAAAUUACUCUCAAACGUCUUGACGUCUUCCUAAGUGUUCGUAAAUCCUCUGCAGAUGCAGAUUCUGAAGAUCGACAGAAGUCGACACUCCGCCGAAAUGCCCAACGCUAUUUAAUCGCCAAUUUGAAAUUCCAGAACUCUACGGCCAAAGAGGAGAUAAUCAGACAGGGAAAACUCAUCCGUGCUUUCUUGGAAGACAUUCGUAGGGAUUCUCGCGACAUUGUUAUCGAUAUCAUCAGGACAAUUGACAAACAUAUUGCGAGUGAUGCUUCACUUUCUCGGAACACCAAGAGCCUGUUCCUGAACCGCUGGAAUCUCGAGCGAUUAGUCACUCUUUUCGGGUAUGAGAGAGAAUCCGACGAGCCAGCGGUGGGAGAUGAGAAUGUCUCGAAAGAAAUAUAUAAGUUGCUGGGGGACAUUUGUACGAAUUCGGAGAAGGGCGUAUUACUGCCGGAAACGGGAUGGUAUCCUUCUGGGAGCAACCCUGAUAUUCUGCCACCGAAUGAUGACGGUGCAAUCCCCCUCGGUCUUGACUCACCCAUCCACUUUGAUAAGUAUAAGGAGUCGGUUCCAGUUCGGAACGGAAAUCUCUCAGCGCUGAUACAAGUUCUUCGUCCGGAAUCAGACACAAUGCAAAUGAAUCUGUUACUGAAGAUCUUCAAAAAUGCCCCGGAGCUCGUAUUUGAUUUUUUUUCGAAGCGGAAGAUGUUCACAUCCGAUUCCAAACCCACCCCAAGUUGGAUAGGAGAAUCCGCCUUCCUCUUCUCUACGAUCCAACUCCCUGUCCCUGUGGAUUGCGGAUGGAAGGGCAGUCCGGCCCUGGUACCGCCUCCUAUUCCAAUUGUCAUCGAAAGCAUACUUCCUCGACCGCUCACGCAGAAGAUCUUGACAAGAUGUCUUAAUCAAAAUACGGAUGUGGUCACUUUGUUUGCAGUUCGAAUUAUCACUUUGGCUCUACGCAAGCUACAGGCUAUUCUCCGAAUUUUCAAUGCGGAUCGAGAAACGGGACAGGAGCUUUGGUCCCAGGCGGCCGGGAAACUCAUCAAUGAGUAUUGCCGAAGAUGUCCCUCGAUGAAAGAUGUCAUACUUCUCUUCCGAAACACUGCAAAGGGCAACCUCCAACAGCAAGAUGCAGUACUUGAACUGUUAUCUACGUUUUAUGAGGUUAUCCCUACGAUUGCUUUGGAAGAGAAAUUCGACAUUUCGUUAACCUUGGUCGAUGUUUUGAAACAACUUAAUAAUGUCAAAUCUCAAGCUGAGGAUAGGGAGUUGCUCCUCAGCCAAUUACAGCACUUGCUUGUCAUUGCUCAACAUUCACCUACAAUGCGUUGGUGGCAGAAACCAGAAUCUCUUGAAUUUUCUGCCCUUGUCUCUAUUUUCAAAGUCCUUACGGAAUCCAGCAGCCAAACCCCCUUUGAGGACAUAAAAGCUUUGGUCCAAGAUGUAUUAAUUCAGAAUUCGGUUAUUCUAAACCCGGGAUCUUUCAAUGCUUUGCUCUCAAGUGUUAAUAGAUCUUCCAAUGCCACUCUCACCGCAGAGCUGUCAUUUCUCGACAAUUGCAUUACAAGAUUGGUCAAGAAGCCUGUCCUUUACUUAGAACUUGCCCAGUCCUUGGUUGGUAGUGGACAAGAGAACUUGAGUCUCCUUGUCGGAGUUAUUAACGAACAGUGGCCAUUUGUUGCCAAUUCCGGGGAGUUGGAUAGGCAAGUGACAAUAUCUGGCUGGAUUGGUCAGCUACUUGGCUUGUUGAGUGUGGCCGGAGAGGAUGAAAAUGCUUUGAAAUCAGUUCGGGAUGCAGCUGUUGAUAUCACCGAAAACAAAAAGGCUCGGUUAGCCUUGAGAAAGGCGUUUAAACACGCGAAAGCCAUAGUUGAUGGAAAUGUGAAGAAUCACAAACCAGUCAACGGCGAUGUUUCUACGCAGCUGGAAUCUGAAAGCAGAGCUUCCCGAGUCGACUUGACAGAAAUUUUUGGGGCCGUUCCUGUUGAGAGCGACUCACAUCCAGCUCUGAAUCGAUGGGAAAGAGAAGAUAUUGAAUUCGCACUGGAGCACGGCCAUGUUGGCGAAUUGAUACUUUGUCUGUGUUCAGAGUAUGAAGAAGUCAGAAGGCAGGCAAGCUCAGCCAUACACCGAUUCAUGGCGAAGAUAUAUGAUUCUACUUAUGAAGACCGUCAAGCCAUUUAUGUUGUUGCGGGUGAAGUUCUGGAAACUGCCAACGAUGUUGGGCUGGAGACACCUCUCCCAUAUAUUGCUGGAGAGCUUGCUGCUCAAAUAGUGACUGUUCUGAUGGAUCCCGUUCACAAACUGUAUGGCAAAGUGAACAAAUUCUUGAACAAAGGUCCUCGAUGGGAAGUUGCCAAGAUUCCGUCUUACUGGAUAGAUAAGAUCUUACUGCAUGAGCCGGAAUACAACGAUAGUCAUCAUGAGGAAGUGAGAUGGCUGCUGGGUUUGUUUAUCAAUGGGCUACGCACUAAAAAGGACAUGGACCUUUACCGAAGAGCUAAUGUUUUCGAACGAGUCCUCUUGCUAUACAACUCCCCAGGCCUAACGGACUCUUUGCGGAGGAUGAUAUUGCACCUUCUGUUCCGUGCAUGUGAGGUGGACGGGAGUACAACCCUUUUAACGCGAGCAGGUGCGUAUAGCUGGGUCCAAGGCCAAGUGGCAGUGCAGGAUAGCCAGAGCGAUAUCCUCCGGGAAAUCGCCAGUGAGUUAUACAACAGGUGUGAUCGCGAGUGGAUUGAUAGGUGGAGCGGAUCAACUUUGCCACAGGCCUUAACUCGGAUUUCCGUCUAA